UUUAGAACACUUACUGGUGUGCGGAUUAAGUCUAUUAGUUUUAAAGGAGGAGAUGGAAACAGCGUUUCGGUAGGUCAGUCGGUCGAGCACAUAUACAUGGUGUGUGAAAAACUACCGGAAGGUCGAUGCCUGCCCGGGGAUAAACUUUACUUUUCUCUUUGGUAUAAGGCUUGUUUUACUGCUGGAAUGUUUGCACUUCAAUCAUUACAUGAAACUGAUAUUAAUCAACGAGCACAUUAUUUAGAAUUGGCUGAAAAAAUUGGAGAAACUUGUCAUGAAUCGUACAAUAGAACAAUAACAAAACUUGGCCCAGAAUCUUUCCGUUUUGCUUCGGAUAUAGAAGCAAAAGCUGUCCGUGUCCACGAAUCUUAUUACAUUCUUCGUCCAGAAGCUGUAGAGGGAUGGUUUUAUUUGUGGAGAGUAACGGGUAAACAACAAUAUAGAGAUUGGUGUUGGGAAGUUGUUGAAGCAUUAGAAAGGCAUUGUAGAGCUACAGCUGGAUAUACAGGCAUUAGAAAUGUUAAUUCUUUACCGGUAAAAAAUUUUACUUUUUGUGUGGUUGAUUUUUGGGCUCGUGGAUUUCUUAUCUGUUUUGCGAGUCAAUGA